GAGACAACUCAUUUCCAUCAUUUUCUAGCGGAAAAAAAAAAAAAAAAAAAAAACACUCGUUUUACCAUUCAGAAAGAAAAUCAAGACUCAAAAUCCCAGGGGAGUCUCUAUCGUUUGCCAAAGGCUCUGUUUCUGAGAUCCCAGAAUACGCAAAGAAAUGAUUCACUUCGUGCUUCUUAUUAGCAGACAAGGAAAAGUGAGGUUGACGAAAUGGUAUUCACCUUAUUCACAGAAGGAAAGAACCAAGGUGAUACGUGAACUUAGUGGAGUGAUUCUCACACGAGGACCCAAGCUUUGCAAUUUUGUGGAGUGGAGAGGAUACAAAGUUGUUUAUAAGAGAUAUGCUAGUCUGUAUUUCUGCAUGUGCACUGAUCAAGAUGAUAAUGAAUUAGAGGUCCUUGAAAUAAUUCAUCAUUAUGUUGAGAUCUUGGACCGAUAUUUUGGCAGUGUCUGUGAACUAGACUUGAUCUUCAAUUUUCAUAAGGCCUAUUAUAUUUUGGACGAGCUUCUGAUUGCCGGUGAACUUCAAGAGUCCAGCAAGAAAACUGUUGCACGGUUGAUAGCUGCACAGGAUGCUUUGGUGGAGACUGCGAAAGAGCAAGCGAGUUCGAUAAGCAAUAUAAUCGCUCAGGCCACCAAGUAGGGAAAACCAAAAGCGUAGCAACACCAGUUGCACUGUUUGAGGAGCUAUAACUGUACUUUCUUAAAAAAAAAAAAAGCUUUUUGGUUUGUUUGUUUUUACUAGUAAACGACUGAAAUACACAUUGUGGUUUUAUUUCUCAUUAAAUUUUGUGUGCUGCAUAGAUUUCCUUUCUUUUUUGCUUCAGCUCUCCGGUUCUUGUAUGCCUGGACUUCUGCUUUCGUUAUAUUUUGUAAAUCAGAAAGCUUUAUCA